UCGCCAUUAUGCUGCCGACGAAAGCUUCCACCUCGCAUUCUGUUUAUUCCGUUUUGAACCGUUACGCGUAACGGUCGCGCCGCUCCCGUGGUAAAAUAUUUAAAUAGUUCGGGAUAAGAACUGUCCUCCGUUUAGUGAUUAGUUAGUGCCAGUGAUUUGUUUACGUUUUAUUCAAUUAGUGCAACGAACUUAGCCGUGUUGGGCUUAACUGUGAAGGUGCAAAAGAGUAAUAGUUGUCGACUAACGGUAAAUUAAAUUAUUCCCACGUUUCUGCGGUGUGUGUGCAAGUGUAUGUUAGUGAGCGCCUGCGAGUGUGUUGGUGCCGGCUGCUGUUUGCACGUCGGAAGCCUCCGCCAUGGUCGUCAAGGAGAUACCACUCCACGAAAAUCUGAGCAUGGAGAAUCGCUCUACCAAUGCGGCCACGCCCACUACCACCACCACCUUCUCUAGGCCGGGGCGUCGCUUUCAUCUCUCCCUGACCACUGCCAUCCUGCUGGCUUCCUUCUUUAUCUGCACCCUGCUGGCCGUAGGCUUUAUCGUCUACAACUUCGCCACUUGUGCCCAGCUAGAGCCAGCGCCGGGCGAGGACAUUGUCUGCACCAGUGUCCAUCUGAGGAACAAACUAAAGUCAGGUCAGGAAGAUGGAAGGCCCAAGUACGACCGGGAUGUCCGACUGCCGCGCUCCAUCCGCCCGCUGAAAUACAACAUUACCCUGGAGCCGCUGCUUAGCGGCAACUUCAGUUUCAGCGGCAGCGUCCAGAUCCGGAUCAAAGUGCUGGAGGAUUGCUACAACAUCACCAUGCAUGCCGAGGAGUUGAACAUUUCGCGCCACGACGCCGCCGUUCGUCGGGUAUUGGCCAAUGGGGAGUUGGAUGGAAACACUCUUAGGAUCCACAAGCAGUACCUGGUGGGGGCGAAGCAGUUCUUCGUCAUUGAGCUGUACGACAAGCUGCUGAAGGGCGUCGAGUAUGUUGUGUACCUGCGCUUCGGCGGCAUCAUUGAGGACUAUCUGCAGGGAUUCUAUCGCAGCUCCUACGAGGUGCAGAACGAAACAAGAUGGGUGGCCUCAACACAGUUCCAGGCCACGGAUGCCCGAAGGGCCUUUCCGUGCUUUGAUGAGCCCGCGUUGAAGGCCAACUUUACCCUACACAUUGCCCGGCCGCGGAACAUGACCACUGUCUCCAAUAUGCCCAUUGUGGCCACCAACGAUCAUGCCACCCUGCCCAGCUAUGUGUGGGAUCACUUUGCCGAAUCGCUGCCCAUGUCCACUUACCUGGUGGCCUAUGCCAUAUCCGACUUUACGCACAUUUCCUCGGGCAAUUUCUCAGUGUGGGCCAGAGCUGAUGCCAUCAAGUCGGCGGAGUAUGCCCUGAGUGUGGGCCCCAGGAUUCUCACAUUCCUGCAGGACUUUUUCAAUGUGACAUUCCCGCUGCCCAAGAUCGAUAUGAUUGCCUUGCCAGAGUUCCAGGCGGGGGCCAUGGAGAACUGGGGUCUCAUUACCUUCAGGGAGACGGCCAUGCUGUACGAUCCUGGUGUGGCCACGGCCAAUAACAAGCAGCGUGUGGCCUCGGUGGUGGGUCACGAAUUGGCCCAUCAGUGGUUCGGUAACCUGGUGACUCCCAGCUGGUGGUCAGAUAUCUGGUUGAACGAGGGAUUCGCCAGCUACAUGGAGUAUCUGACGGCCGAUGCAGUGGCUCCCGAAUGGAAGCAACUGGAUCAGUUUGUAGUCAACGAACUGCAGACGGUGUUCCAGUUGGACGCUUUGUCCACAUCCCACAAGAUCUCGCACGAGGUUUUCAAUCCGCAGGAGAUCUCGGAGAUAUUCGAUCGUAUCUCCUACGCCAAGGGAUCGACCAUUAUCCGCAUGAUGGCGCACUUCCUCACGAAUCCAGUGUUCCGCCGCGGACUCAGCAAGUAUCUGCAGGAGAUGGCCUACAACUCCGCCACCCAAGACGAUCUGUGGCGCUUCCUCACCAACGAGGCCAAGUCAUCGGGUCUGCUGGAUCGCAGCCGGAGUGUCAAGGAGAUCAUGGACACGUGGACACUGCAAACGGGUUACCCGGUGGUCAAGGUAUCCCGGCAUCCCAACUCUAAUGUGAUUCGAUUGGAGCAAGUGCGUUUCGUGUACACCAAUACGACCAGGGAGGACGAGAGUCUGCUCUGGUGGAUACCCAUCACCUUUACCACUGCUGCGGAGUUAAAUUUCGCCAACACCCGUCCCACCACAUGGAUGCCACGCACAAAGCUGUACGAGCUGGAGAAUCGAAACCUCUCCACGGCCAAGUGGUUCAUCUUUAACAUCCAGCAGACUGGCUACUACCGAGUGAACUAUGACCUGGACAAUUGGCGGGCCAUUACCGGGCAUCUGAUGGAUGAGCAGCACUUUGAGGAGAUAGCUCCAGCCAAUCGGGCCCAACUGAUCGACGAUGUGCUUAAUCUGGCCCGGGGAUCCUACCUUUCCUACGACACUGCCAUGAAUCUUACCCGCUACUUGGCCCACGAGACGGGUCAUGUGCCCUGGAAGGCGGCCAUCAGCAACUUUAUCUUUAUUGAUUCCAUGUUCGUCAACUCUGGGGAUUACGAUCUGAUUAAGAACUAUUUGCUAAAACAACUGUCGCGAGUCUACGAACAGGUGGGCUUCCAGGACUCGGGGGAAUCGGAGGAUAUAUUGGUGCAGCUUAAGCGUGCUGAUGUCUUGGGCAUGGCCUGUCAUUUGGGCCAUCAGGAGUGCAUAGCGGAGGCCAGCAGGCAUUUCCAGAACUGGGUGCAGACCCCCAAUCCGGAUGCCAAUAAUCCCAUCGUGCCCAAUCUCCGUGGCGUGGUCUACUGCUCCGCCAUCCAGUAUGGCACGGAGCAUGAGUGGGACUUUGCCUUUGAGCGUUACCUCAAGACCAAUGUGCCCGGGGAGAAGGAUCUGCUGCUGAGCGCCCUUGGCUGCUCCCGGGAGCCCUGGCUGCUCUAUCGUUACCUGCGCCGUAGCACAGCCGGCCAGCAUAUACGCAAACAGGAUCUAUUCCGGGUAUUUGCUGCCGUUUCCAGCACGAUGGUGGGUCAGCAGAUAGCCUUUGAUUUUCUGCGCAACAACUGGCAGGAGAUUAAAACUUACAUGGGCAACCAGAUGUCCAACAUCCACACACUCUUCAAGUUCGCCACGAAGCGCUGCAACACAAAGUUCCAGCUGAGCGAGUUCGAGAACUUUGUGAAGGAUGCCCACUGGGACUACGACAGGCCCAUCCAGCAGAUUGUCGAGCAGAUCGAGACGAGCGUGGAUUGGAUGAACAGGAACUACAAGUCUAUUGUCAAGUGGUUGGAGAACGAAGCGGGAAGGGCGUAAAGAGGGAGUGGUAGGGGGAGCGGAUAGCGAUGAUCCGGCGGCUUGGCUGGAUCAAGCAAAAGGCAGCCAGUAUUAGGAUGUUCCGCAGCUGCAAUUACGCAUUUAUGUCUAGUUUUUUUAUCGAGUUUUCGCCAAAGAUCGAUCGUCCAGAGAGAAGAGAGAGAGAGAGCAUCAUCACGUUUUUUAUUAAUCCCUUGAGUCUUUUAAUUUUAAUUUUAAUUUUAAUCUGUAAUUACUUGUACUUGUACUUAAAUGUAAAAUGUAAAUGGAAUUAUAUAACAUUGUUCGUCACAAAA